AUGCAACGAGCCUACUAUGGGGGUCCGAUACUACAAAUUACUGCAGAGGACCUUGAUGGAACAAUAUUUGUAGCCAAAUAUAUUUCAGAGGAAGAGCUCUUCGAAUAUACUAGGAAUCGUUGGAUAUAUAACGAGACCUUACAGUUAUCUAUACGAUACCUCAAGUUGGAUCUUCGGCAACUCCUGGAAGCUGCCGUCAAAGCUGUUUCUAGCAACGAUCCUUAUUCCUUUUGGAACCCCCACUUAUUCGUGUCUAGGUCGCAAAGUUUUCAAUGCCGUGAAGGGCUAAGUAAUAAAGUUCUUAUUCUGACUAUGGAUAAUGACAUGGAAGUUGUAGCAAAGCUUCCGAAUCCAAUAGCAGGCCCUGGCUAUUAUACCACAGCAUCUGAAGUCGCCACGCGGGAAUUUCUUCGCGAUGUUUUGGAUAUUCCUACUCCUAGUAUAAUCGCCUGGUCAGCAGAUCGAAGUAAUCCGGUUGGUGCGGAAUAUAUAUUGGAGGAAAAGGUGCCGGGGACACCGCUGGGGCAGUUGUGGUACCGAUGGCCGAUGAAGUCGAGACGGAAUAUGAUCGAACAAAUCAUCCAGAUAGAAAGGCGCCUUGCAUCUGCCACAUUUUCGAGCAUCGGCUGCAUUUAUUUCAAGGACAGUCUUCCAGAAAAUGCACUCAGUGGGUCCAUUAUAUCGUCCACUUUGUCAUUACGGCCAUCGGCAGCUGACAGAUUUACGCUGGGGCUUCUUGUGUCAAACGAUCUGUGGCGGGGAGAAAGGGCCAAUAUGAGUAUGAAUCGUGGACCAUUCCGCGGACCUUUGGAUUUCGUGGAAGCGAUGGCCAAAAAUGAAUUUCUAUAUACAAAAGAGUACGCCCGCCCCUAUAUGAAUUACCACCGAUCAUCCACAGAAGCUCAGCUGCCAGACAAGUUUCUUCGGCUGUUGAGACAAUAUCUGGACCUCAGCCCUGAUAUGGUCCCACUCAAAGGUGCGGAAGAUACGCACUCACCCACACUCUGGCACCCGGACCUCCAUCUUGACAACGUAUUCGUUGAUCCUGAAACACACAAUAUCAGUCAGAUAAUUGACUGGCAGUCAGCAGCAGUCAUGCCACUCUACUAUCAACGUGCCAUUCCGAGGAUGUUUGAACACCCUAGCGGUGUGCCUUGUGGCUGGACUAUGGCACUCCCUGAAAAUUACAAUGAUCUAGACCAAGACGAAAAGGAUAAGUUUGAGAGCGACCGGAAGAGCAUUGCUUGUCAGAAGUACUAUGAGGUUGAGACACGUGUCCAUAAUCCAAGACAUGUGGCUGCUUUCCAGCUCCAGGACCUUGAUGUACGAAUUGACCCAUCUCGCAUUGUCGUGGGUGCCUGGGAAGGAGAAGCGAUCUUCUUCCUUCGCCGUGCAAUCUAUAGGAUUGUCGACCAGUGGGAGAGUUUAUGCCCAGGACUCGGACCAUGCCCCAUCGGCAUUAAAGCCAAAGAUCUAGAGUUACAUGCUAGCGAAGAGGAGAUUUCCAGCAGUGUAGCUGAGAUAUUAACUCUUUUUCGUGAUGCAUGGGGCCUGCCUCCUGAUGGAAUGGUACAUCCAGCUGAUUUUGAACGAGUAAAGGCUGCAGUAGCAGAGCAAAGAGACGCCUUCUUCGAAAGUGCAGAUAAUGAGACUGACAAAGAACUUUAUAAACGAAUAUGGCCCUGUCAGGGUAAACAAAAAUAA